AUGGCCAAGCGGCUGCUGGUGGCUUACGGGCUGUGGGUGCUGGGGGGGCCGCUGGGGCUGCACCACAUCUACCUGGGCCGGGACAGCCAUGCGCUGCUUUGGAUGCUGACGCUGGGCGGCUUCGGCGGAGGAUGGCUCUGGGACUUCUGGCACCUCCCCGGCUGGGUCGCCGCCGCCAAUGGGACCGGGGUGCCCGGGGACCGUGGCAGGACCGUGCCGGCCCUUAGCCCCCUGCGCCUGGCGGGGCAGGUGAUGGUGGGGAUAUAUUUCGGGCUGGUGGCGGCACUGGGGCUGCCCUGGGUGCCGGCGCUGCUGGCGCAGCCCCUGGCUGUGGGGCUGGGGGUGCAGCUGGUCUCUUCGGUGGGUGACCAGACGGCGGAGGCACCCAGAAUCCUGGCCGCAGCCUUCCUUGCCUCCCUCCUCUUCCAGGGCCGGGUGCUGGCGGUGCUGCCCGCCAGCCUGGCCGCCAGCAUCACCGCUCAGCGGCACCGGCGCUACAAGCUCCGUGGGAUGCCGCGGCCCCGGCUGGCCGCCCGGCUCUACCACCUGGGGCUGGCGUGCCUGGCCUUCGCCGCCCCGCUCGCCUGUCGCGGGGUCUUCGGCGCCGUCGGGGUGCUGGGCACCCUCUCGGCCCUGCUCCGUGCCGCCACCGAGCUCCCGCUCCUGCCCUUCCGUGCCAGCUGGCUCCUGGCAGAGGUCCUGGGCUUCGCUGGUGGCUCUCCGGCGCGGGAGCACGGCGCCAGCUUCGAACCGAGCAGCUGGAGCGAGCGGCAGCAGCGGGCGUAUGAGGUCCUGGGCCUCCCGGCUGGCUCCUCUACCGAAGACGUGCACCGGAGCUACCGGGAGCUGGUAAAGGUUUGGCACCCGGACCACAACCGGCACCGGGCCGAAGAGGCCGAGAGACGCUUCAUCGAGCUGCAGGAGGCCUACGAGGAGCUGGCGGGGCCCAGGAGAGCAGCGGCGGGGUGA